GUUUAAACCCAUAUGCUGUGGUUUCAUGACUAGAGGGCCAUUUCCCCAUAGCAGGAAACAGAACUGUCUGAGCGUAAUGACAACUACACAUUCAUUUCUUGCCAAACUUUCUAGUUUACAAACAUGUCCUCAACCCAUACUCUGAGAGCUUUAACAUCUACUGGUGGGCUUCCAAUGUGGAUGUUGCUUCUUCACCUCUACAUAAGAUAUGUUAUUGCUGAAGACACCAGAGUAGUUGGACGAGUAGGAAACUCCAUAUUCCUUCACCCUAAAAUGCACUUGCACGCCAAGAUCUCUGACGUAAGAUGGAAAUAUGUUAAUACAAAUAUGUUAAUAGCUAGAAAUGGUACGCUUGUUAAUUUAACGGAUAGGUGUGAGAUCUUUCUAAAUGGUUCACUGAAGUUUAAUGAAGGACUGAAAAGAGACAGUGGAAUUUAUACUGUUCAACAAUUCAGUGAAAAUGGAGAUUGUCUAUCCGAGCGGCGCAUUGAGCUCAGUAUUCUAGAACCCGUCUCCAAACCAAAGGUGAGAACCUCCUGUACUUUUGAUGGGAGAGUUGUUCUGACCUGCUCUGUUGAUAAAGGAGACAGAGUUGUGAUGAACUGGAACAAGCAGCCAUAUGCCUGGACAGGGUCCAAUCAGACCCUGAGCUCAGGUCCUAUUCUAUUCCUGGACAGCUAUACGCCUGGAAAACUGACCUGUGUGGCAAUGAACGAAAUAAGUGAAGAAGGCUUCAGUCCAGUUGUCCCGACAUGCAGAGGUCGCACAUCAGCGGUGGCUGCAUUUGGGUUCUUUGCAUUUGCAAUGACGACACUGGCCGUCGCCAUUCUAAAUUUGAAGAUGAGGUGUCAGAAAAAGAAAAAAGGUAAAAGUCAGACUGAAUUGUGUUUAGAUGUGGAGGAGAACAACUACAUUGAGAUGCGUGGGAAUUUAUGCAACAAAUGUCCUCAGGAGGAGACCACAAUCCACCUGGACCAAGACACCUCCCAUUACGAAUUCUGCAGACCUAUUGCACCUGCUUCCAGCCAGAGAAAGAGAAGACUAUCACUGGAGUUGAAUGAUAUCUAUGUAUGAAGAACAAUGUGUUAAUGGCAUUACAUUUCAAUAGCAUCCAUUUGUUUUUCAAUGUGAAAUAUGCAACUACGCACCAUAAUUACUGAUAAUUUUUUACAAUUCAUUAUGUUGUAUUUUUGUGAUAGAUGUAUUUUUGUUGUAUAGUCGUAGAGCCUAGAGAAGCGACAUAUAGGGCAUUAUUUCACCUGUAUUUUGAUAUUUUAUCAUACCCGUAGUCGCAUAACUUCAUUUUCAGACUUAACCACUAGGUGAAAGCAUUACAGUAUGUUAAAGAAACAGGGUGACUAGAGGUGAGAAGAAACAUCACAUGAUUACUGUCAUUACAUCAAUAGUUGUUUCAAAAUAUAUGGACGCUGCUGGGACGACUGUAAAUUAUUCCAUUUCAAACGGUUCUGGUUAUUAUUGUCUAACAUAUGUUUUUCUUCAAAACGUCCAGUUAAAGGACACCUGAUUGGCGCAGCAGUCUAAGGCACUGCAUCUCAGUGCUGUAGGUGUCACUACACACCCUGGUUUGAUUCCAGGCUGUAUCACAACUGGCUGUGAUUGGGAGUCCCAUAGAGUGGUGCACAAUUGGCCCAGCGUCGUCUGGGUUUGGCCGGGGUAGGCAGUCGCUGUAAAUAAGAAUGUGUUCUUAACUGACUUCCCUAGUUAAAUAAAGGUAUAGC